AUGGUAGCAUCUUCAAAGGCAGAGACAGUGUACCGUGACCCCGCUACCGGGCGGGUAAUAGCCAACGUUGAUGAGCACAAGAUGAAGGCUAAAACAUCCCAGAUUUACGCAAAUUUGGAAGAUGAAAAACGCAGAGCAAGCAUGGGUAUCGUAUCUGUGGGGGAACAAGGUGGACUUGUCCAAGCAAAAUAUGAGGCUGAGCGAAAAGCCAAUAUUGCUUCAUUGAAAAAUUUGCCAUUCUACAUUACUCAUGAGGAUGAUACCCGCAAUAAGGCUCUUGCUUCUAUCCAAAGAUGGGAUGACCCCAUAAGGUAUUUUACGGAUGAUUGUUCGGGCUUGGAUUUGGGGAGUUUUUGUGAUGCUUCUGCUGGACAACGACAAAACAAAAUGUCAAAUGAUAUUGAUAUUCCGGACUCAAAUGAAGCUCAAAAAGGUUCAUUACCUCUUUCAUCAAAAUCCAAAGCAAGACUCUCUAGCGUUUACAAAAAUAGCGGACCGCCAAAUCGAUUCAACAUUUCUCCUGGGCCACUUUGGGACGGAAUUGGUUUUCUUUUAGUUGUUGCCCUGGUUAAUACAGUAAUUGGUUUCUGGCCUCGUUUUCGAGAAGAUAAAGAUGGCCGUUUAGAGGCAAGGUAUUUUGAGUCAAUUAUUGGAUCGAUGGCAUCUUGGCUUUCAGGGUUGAAUGCACUAGACGGUGUCAGGGAGGAUAUCUUGGCCUUUGGGACUCUUUUGUGGAGUUUUGCGGAUUUGCCCAUACGUUUUUAA